AUGAAAGAAUUCAAGGCCAUCAUCACUUUUGCGCGGCAACAUUUCUGUGAUGUCAGCCUAUACUUCGAUAAGGCUGGCAGUCCUCUUAUUGUUGGUGUGGAAAGCGAUGCUGGUUUCUCAGCCGAAUUCAUCAUAGCUACUUUGGAUGGAGAGGACGAUACAGAUGAGGAGGCAGCUCCGGCAACGACGCAAGAGCUAUCAAAUGAAGGGACGAAUUCUACACUACCUCGACGGGAUUCGACAGCAGAGACUAACGUUUCACAGGGAGACAUUGGAGAAAUACAAAGAAAUCUCAGCGAAGGAUCUGCAGAGAUGCCACCUACACAACCCAGCCGAAAUCCAUUGGUGAACGAAGUGGCAAUGGAAAGUGUGAGUGGUAAUUGUGUACGAGAUCACAGAAAUCGCGUAUCAGACGGCCGUACAAAAUUAUUUUUCGAAUUAUUAUCUUAGAC